AUCUUUGCGUUUCUGGCUGCCAUGUGCCUGAUCCUGGCUGUCGGCAACAGCAUUUGGGAAUACAACACGGGCUAUUACUUCCAAGUGUACCUGCCGUGGGCGGAGGACGUCCACUCUGCGCCCUUCUCCGGCUUCCUCAUGUUCUGGUCCUACGUCAUCAUCCUCAACACGGUGGUUCCCAUCUCUCUCUACGUCAGUGUAGAGAUCAUCCGCCUGGGGAACAGCUUCUACAUCGAGUGGGACCGGAAGAUGUACUUCCCGCUGAACGACACCCCCGCCCAGGCCCGCACCACCACCCUCAACGAGGAGCUGGGGCAGAUCAAGUACAUCUUCUCGGACAAAACCGGCACCCUCACGCAGAACAUCAUGGUCUUCAACAAAUGCUCCAUUGACGGGAAGUCCUACGGAGUCAUCUACGAUUCGGAGGGGCACCGGGUGGAGGCCACGGAGUCUACCCAAAAAGUCGAUUUCUCCUACAACCCGCUGUCUGACAGCAAGUUUUCAUUCUACGAUGCCAGCCUGGUUGAGUCUGUGAAGAGGGACGAUCCGCCGACCCACAAGUUCUUCCGACUGCUCUCCCUCUGCCACACGGUGAUGCCGGAAGAGAAGGAGGAAGGCACCCUGGCGUACCAGGCCCAGUCGCCCGAUGAAGGGGCCCUGGUGACCGCUGCCCGCAACUUUGGCUUUGUGUUCCGGGCCCGCACGCCUGAGACCAUCACCGUGGUGGAAAUGGGAGAGACGGUGGUCUACAAGCUGCUCGCCAUUUUGGAUUUCGACAAUGUGCGCAAGAGGAUGUCCGUCAUCGUGCGGAGCCCAGAGGGGGAGCUGACCCUGUACUGCAAGGGGGCCGACACCAUCGUGUACGAUCUCCUGCAUCCUUCCUGCGAGCCCCUCAAGGAGAAGACCACGGAACACCUGGAAGAGUUUGCCGGGGAGGGCCUGCGGACACUGGUUGUGGCCUACAAAGACCUGGACGAGGCCACCUUUGAGGGCUGGCAGCAGCGGCACCACGAGGCCAGCACCACCCUGGUGGCGCGAGAGGAGAAGCUAGCCCGGCUGUACGAAGAGAUCGAGGCGGACCUGAUGCUGCUGGGGGCCACGGCCAUCGAGGACAAGCUGCAGGACGGAGUCCCCCAGACGAUCGAGACCCUCGGCAAAGCUGAGAUCAAGAUCUGGGUGCUGACUGGGGACAAGCAAGAAACAGCGGUUAAUAUCGGCUACUCCUGCAACAUGCUCUGCGACGACAUGGAGGACAUCUUCUUCAUCCAGGCCCACAGCGCCGAAGAAGUGCGGCAGGAACUCAGGAAAGCCAGGAAGAAAAUGAAGCCCGACACCUUUGUGGACAACGACGGCACCGAUACGCAGAUCCAGAAGCCCGGGAAGUCCCAGACCCUGCCCGAGGAGCAGCCCAACGGGGAGUACGGCCUGGUGAUCAGCGGCCACAGCCUGGCCUACGCCCUGGAGGGGAACCUCCAGCGGGAGCUGGUGCGGACGGCUUGCCUCUGCAAGUCGGUCCUCUGCUGCCGCGUGACGCCCCUCCAGAAGGCCCAGGUGGUGGAGCUGGUGAAGAAGUACAAGAAGGCCGUGACGCUGGCCAUCGGGGACGGGGCCAACGACGUCAGCAUGAUCAGGGCGGCCCACAUUGGCAUCGGCAUCAGUGGCCAGGAGGGGAUGCAGGCCGUGCUGUCCAGUGACUUCGCCUUCGCUCAGUUCCGCUACCUGCAGCGGCUGCUCCUGGUCCACGGGCGCUGGUCCUACAUCCGGAUGUGCAAGUUCCUGGCCUACUUCUUCUACAAGAACUUUGCCUUCACCCUGGUCCACUUCUGGUACGGGUUCUUCUCCGGGUUCUCCGCGCAGACGGUCUACGACGAAUGGUUCAUCACCCUGUACAACCUGGUCUACACUGCCUUGCCUGUGCUGGGAAUGAGCCUCUUUGACCAGGACGUGGACGACCGCUGGAGCCUGCAGUUCCCGCAGCUGUACACCCCUGGCCAGCAGAACCUCUACUUCAACAAGCUGGAGUUUGUCAAGUGCAUGCUCUACAGCGUCUACAGCUCCCUGGUGCUCUUCUUUGUGCCCUGCGGGACCCUGAGGGACUCUGUGCGGAGCGACGGGAAGGCCUUGGCCGACUACCAGUCCUUUGCGCUCAUGGCUCAGACCUGCCUGCUCAUUGUGGUCUCAGUUCAGAUGGCUCUGGACACCGCCUACUGGACCGCAGUCAACCAGCUCUUUGUCUGGGGCAGCCUGGCCAUGUACUUCGCCAUCACCUUCACCAUGUACAGCGACGGCACCUACCUGAUCUUCACGGCCUCCUUCCCUUUCAUUGGCACGGCUCGGAACACCUUGAACCAGCCCAACGUCUGGCUGGCCGUCUUCCUCUGCGUCACCCUCUGCGUCCUCCCCGUGGUCGGCUUCCGGUUCGUGAAGACGCAGCUCAGGCCGACCGUCAGCGACAAGGUCCUGUCCAGGGUGCGGGAGCUGGAGAAGCGGCCCCCCGUGCCUUUGCCCAAGAGACGGCUGAGGCGCUCCAUCUCCCGGCGCUCCGGCUACGCCUUCUCCCACCAGCACGGCUUCGGGGCGCUCAUCACCUCCGGACGGAACAUGCGCCCCAAGUCCCCCUUCGGCAUCGCGGGCUCCUUCUCGCCCAACAGUGCAAAGCACAAGGACUAGGGGGCCGCCGGAGGGUCGAGGGCCCUCCCCACCUGGGGACGCUGCCCUUGGAAGAGCAGCCGCCGCCGCGGAGCCCUCUGGGGAGAGCGAUCCUGACCGAGAAGGGGGAGAGAGAGCGAGAGCGGGGCUUGUCCCUCAGAGCACACGGCGAGGGCUCGCAUCGGAGAGGAACUCGCCUGGCACCAGAGAAGACAUUGGGGAGAAGAACCCAGGCAGGCGGCUGCACUCGCCCCGGCAUAUCGGCCCCGGCACACACACCCCCCUCCCAACGAGGGAUGUGCCGCUCUCCCAAGGACCACCCCCCCUCGCAGGCACGUGACAGGAUCAGGGCCCAUCCCUGCCUGGCUCGAGAGGACUCCGAGGCCUGUCGACACGCACACCACAUGUGGCUUCGCUAUUGCAAAGGACGUGAUCGGAAUUGCACUACAGGGAGGGUGGGGAGCCCUGCUCUUUCCUCUGCCCCUAAAACGCCCACGGAGGGCACCUUGGGGGUCUGAGCCCCUGAGAGAUUCCUUCUGGGCUGGGGGUGGCCCCCGCGGGGGACUGUGCCUGGCCAGGGGGGGGGGGCUUGGAGCUGCUUCCUUCCCCAUAACCCAGGAGGGGACGGUGGGGACGGCUCACGGUCCUGGCUGUGCAGAGGCCGGGGGUCCCAGGUGCGGUCCCCACGGCCUGCAGUUGAGGGGGCGGAGCGGCAGAGCCCCCCUCCCGAAUCUCCUCUCCAGGGUGGCAUGCAGCUGUGGGGAGGGAGGACUGGGAGCAGGCAGACUUUGCCCCCCACCCUCUGGCCCUGGCCUUUUGGACCGUCCUGCCCCAAGCACCUUCUGGCCAGUGCCUGUGAUGUCCUCCACCUGCCUAUGUGGGAAGUGGGCAGGAGCUGCAGGGGCUCGCGCAGGGCUGAACGGCCUCGGGAGCAGCCCCGUCACUACAUUCUGCACUCCAGAUGGGGUGGGGGAAUAAGGGCCCCUCAGGCCGUGGCCUGGACCCUGCACAGGCAGCUGCCGGGGAGUAGUGCGGGCUUCCGGAACGAGACAGGGCCUCUGAAUUCCGGCCACCUGGUGCUCCCCGUCUCCGGGCGACAGACUGACCCUCCUGGUCCAGAGCCCACGCAAG